AUGCCGACAGAGGGUUCGAAGAAACCGCGCGCGAAGCACGCGUGUAGGGAGUGCAACUCGCGACGCAUCCGCUGCAAUGUCACCGAGCGCCACCCUUGUUCGAACUGCGAGACUGCGCAGGCGACUUGCGAAGUCAUCCCGUCGCGAAGAGGCCGGUAUCUACGGAAGUCCAAGAGGCAGAAGCAGACGGAAGAGGCCGCGUCGGCGACCCCAGAGCCCGCUGCCCCGGCCGUGUCGUCCGCGCUCACCGCUGAUGUCGCCGCGACGCUUGCUUCUAUGAGUACCGUGUCUCCGUCGCAUGGACUUCCGAGCUCCUCUGGAAUAUCGCAGACUCCUUUUCACGCCGAUACGCCUGCUUCGUGCCAUUCCUCUGGGACUACGGGCGGUAGCCGGUUCUUUGGAGAGUCGAAUUUCAUCACUCUUGUUCCUGGAGCAUCAGGGCCCGGCAAUGAGGCUGCGACUAGUGAUGGGGUGUUGAAGGGUCGUCUCACCUUUCCAGUGCCGCAGACGCCGCAAUCUCAUGACCUGGCUACUUCACCUGCCAGUGUGCCUUCCAUGAGCUCUGCGACAGAGCGAUAUCUUCGGGAUGAGGGAGCGCUCACCUUCCCCGACAUGCAGAGCUGUCUUCCAGCUUUACAUGCUUACUUCACUUGGUUCCACCCUUGCUUUCCCAUUCUUGACCGCGCCGAUAUCGCCAGGCGGCUCGUGACGAUGGAUAUUUCACCGCUUUUGUUGCAAGCAAUGCUUUUCAUCGGUUCGACCUACUGCGACGAGGCAACAAUUCUUGGCAUGGGGUUCAAAGAUCGGUCUGAGGCUAAGAACCUGACAUACUCUCGCGCGCGUGUUUUGUUUCAUGCCAACUGGGAGAAAGACGAGUUUACUCUUAUUCAGUCACUGUUUCUAUGCAGCUUCUGGAGGGGUGGACCGACGGAUUGGAGAGACGUGAGGUACUGGCUAGGGGCCGUGUUAACCCUCGCGCAGACUCAUGGCCUUCAUCGCUCAACUCGAUUCAUCACGAAGGAUCCACAUUUCGCUCGGAUGAGACGUAGAGUCUGGUGGUCAAUCUACGUCCGUGAACGGCAAGCGGCUGUGUCACUGGGACUACCUUGUCGCAUCCGCGAUGAGGAUUGUGACAUUGAGCCGCUGACUUCGACUGAUCUAGAGGAUGAUGCUGACGAACAGCGAGCAACUGGGUUUGGUGCACCGAAAUCAGAGCACAUUCAUUAUGCUAUCAAGAUGAUUGACAUCGCUCGUCUUCUCGGGAGAAUCAUGGACACCCACUUUGCGCCUGGUCGGGGACCACCAGCACCAACGGAAGUUCGUGAAUUGAAGCAACAGCUCGAGGAUUGGAAGCAAAGUCUACCAGAUGAGAUGCGUAGAGGCCCUGAUGAUGGGCAGUCUUCAGUCUUGACCUGCCUAAUCCACCUUGCCUACAACCAUCUCCGUAUCCUUGUGCACCGAAACGGAUGGCUGCGGAAUAGAGACCAGGAGGAUAAGAGCGCAGCUCUCGCCGCCGCCUGUCGCAUCAGUCGCAUCGCCGAAGACAUGCUCGCACAAAAGACCUUGCAAUACGGCCAAAUGCACCUCCUCUUUGCCGCUUUUUGCAUACAUGCAAUUGAUAUCAAGUCUGCGGAUGGCAUCAGUCGCCGAUUAGCCGAGCAUAGAGCCCAGAUGUGUCUUCUUGGCCUCAAAGAAAUUCAAAAGUACUGGCGUAUCAACAACAAUGUGCUUGACCUCUUCCUGCAAUACCUCGACGAAUCAAUAGCGAAGAGACUUAACGGCGACAGCACUGAAUUUGCACCGUCCAGCGCACUACCCAGCUCUGUCACGGGUCUGGAGCCGUUCAACGACGCAGGCACGAGCCCCCCGGUAACUCUACUACAAGAUGCUCUUCAGCAAGCCAGACCCGACGCAAUGGAAGAUCAAUACUUCAGCCUCAUGCGCACAAAUUGGGAAGGCGAAGAUGCCCUAGAAGAUCUCGGGCUAUUCCUGGAUCCUCAACUUUACGCCAAUGGGCCAAUGCAGCGAUCCAUCGCAACCAAUGCAACAGAUGCAGCCUCUCAGCUUCUCGACACAUUUGCUGGUAAGGAUGUCGUCCGCAAGCAAUUAUUCGACUCGAAUCAACUUCAACGUCUUAGCUUGACCCUCAACCGGAAAGAGCUGCACCCUGGCGUUGAUGUUUCUUCAGAAGCACCCGCUCAAGGCACGCCCCUGCCCCCGGGCUACCACCUUGUUUACUUCACCCCCACUGGCGUCGAGAGCGAACUCGGAAUGGACGGCACGGAUAAGACUUUCAACGCGCCGGCACCGUUUACGCGGCGGAUGUGGGCUGGGGGGAAGAUGCAAUUUGUUGAGGGAACCUCUCUCAAGGUUGGAGAGGUAGUUGAAGAGCGGACGAGACUAGUCGGAGCGACGCCGAAGAAAAGCAAAAGCGGAGAUGAGAUGGUUUUGGUAGAUGUCGAGAAGGAAUUUUAUGGGCGCGAUGGGCUAGUUGUUAAAGACCAGAGAUCGUGGAUAUUUCGGCCAGAAGUCGACUUGUCGCUGGCCGCGAAAACAGCGCCACCGCGUAGUGAAAGACCACCUGCUUUCGGACCUUCUACCAUCACCAACCAACCGAGUGCAGAAGGAAGCAUAAUUCGUCACUUCCGAUGGUCACCUGUUGGCCUCUUCAGGUUUUCUGCCCUGACCUUCAAUGGUCAUAUGAUCCACUACAACGAGCCCUGGACGAAGGACAUCGAGCGCCAUCCCGAGGUUGUGGUUCAUGGGCCUUUGAAUCUGAUUAACAUGCUGGAUUAUUGGAGAGACGUGUACGGCAAGGACGGCAGGGAAGCACGGCAGGUUACCUAUCGAGCUAUGUCUCCUCUCUACGCCGGCGACAAGUACACGCUUCGAACAGCUGUUGCGGAGAAUGACAAGCGGAACGAGUUAUUCAUCGAAAAGGGCAAUGUUGUUUGCAUGAAAGGAGAGAUCAUUGGCAGCUGA